AUGGGGGGCAAGUACUCCGGGGCGAGGACGAAGAGGAGGUGGAGGGGGCUGGCAGCCGCCGCGUGGGUGCUAAUCGCGGUGGUCGGCGCCGCGGUGAUGCACUGGACCCAGCGCCGGCAGAGCAUGGACCGCGCCGAGGAGCGCCUCGUCAGCAUGUGCGAGGAGAGGGCCAGGAUGCUGCAGGAGCAGUUCGGGGUCACCGUCAACCACGUCCACGCGAUCGCCAUUCUCAUCGCCACCUUCAACUACGAGAAGUCCCCUCCAGCCAUCGACGCGGACACUUUUGCAAAAUACACGGCAAGGACAUCAUUUGAGCGACCCCUGCUGAAUGGGGUGGCAUACGCACAGCGUGUCUUCCAUCAUGAGAGGGAAAUGUUUGAAAGCCAACAGGGAUGGAUUAUGAAUACGAUGCAGCGGGAGCCUGCACCUCCCCGGGAUGAAUACGCCCCAGUGAUUUUCUCUCAGGAUACAGUUUCCUACCUUGCACGCAUUGACAUGAUGUCUGGGGAGGAGGACCAAGAAAACAUUUUGCGGGCCAGGACUACUGGCAAAGCUGUGUUAACAAACCCAUUUCGUUUGCUUGGAUCAAACCACUUGGGAGUAGUUCUCACUUUUGCUGUGUACCGCCCUGAUCUCCCUGCUGAUGCAUCAGUUGAGCAACGUGUGGAAGCAACUAUUGGAUAUCUUGGUGGAGGAUUUGAUGUGGAGUCACUUGUGGAGAAUUUGCUGAGCAAACUUGCUGGCAAUCAGGAUAUUGUGGUGAAUGUCUAUGAUGUCACAAAUGCUUCAGAGCCUAUGGCUUUGUAUGGACCUUCAAUUUUGGAUGAACAAGUGCCUCAUGUUAGCAUGUUGGAUUUUGGAGAUCCAUUUAGGAGGCAUGAAAUGAGGUGCAGGUAUAGACAAAAGCCUCCUAUACCUUGGUCUGUUAUAACCAAUCCUUUGGGCUUAUUUGUCAUAUGGAUGCUUCUGGGGUAUAGCAUUGCCGCUGCAUAUUCUAGAUAUGACAAAGUUACAGAAGAUUGUAGAAAGAUGGAAGAGCUGAAAACUCAGGCAGAAGCUGCUGAUGUUGCAAAGUCUCAGUUCCUGGCAACUGUGUCACAUGAGAUCAGAACACCUAUGAAUGGUGUCCUUGGAAUGCUGGAUAUGCUUUUAGGAACAGAUCUAACUAUGACACAGAAAGAUUAUGCUCAAACUGCUCAAAUGUGUGGCAGAGCAUUGAUAACACUGAUAAAUGAUGUCCUUGAUCGAGCAAAGAUUGAAGCUGGAAAGUUAGAGCUUGAAGCGGUGCCUUUUGACCUGCGUUCUCUCAUGGAUGAUGUUAUUUCCUUGUUUUCUUCAAAGUCACGGGAGAAGUGCAUUGAGCUUGCAGUAUUUGUAUGCGAUGAUGUUCCGAAGGUUGUUCUUGGAGAUCCUUGGAGGUUUCGACAGAUACUGACAAAUUUGGUUGGCAAUGCAGUCAAAUUCACAGAACGAGGUCAUGUAUUUGUGCGGGUCUGUUUGGCUGAGAACUCAAAUAUGGAAGCCAAUCAGGUCAUACAUGGAGCCAUGAAUGGGAAAGAUGGUAAAGUUGAAUCAACAACUAAUGGCGCCUUCAAUACUUUGAGUGGGUUUGAAGCGGCAGACAGACGGAAUAGUUGGCAAUAUUUUAAGCUGCUCCUCUCUAAUAAGGAGUCGCUUUUGGAUGAUCUUGAGGGCGAAAAUUCUAAUCAAAGUGAUUCAGACCAUGUCACACUAGCGAUAAGUAUUGAGGACACAGGUGUUGGGAUACCAUUGCAAGCACAGGAUCGUGUGUUUACACCUUUUAUGCAGGCUGAUAGUUCAACUUCAAGGAAUUAUGGUGGUACUGGCAUUGGUUUAAGCAUCAGCAAGUGUCUAGCUGAACUUAUGGGUGGGCAGAUAAGCUUCACCAGCCGUCCUUUUGUUGGAAGCACAUUCACAUUCUCAGCCACACUGAAGCGCUCAUACAAAGAUAUUUCAGUUGAUUCAAGUAGGAGCUUGUCAGAGGCACUACCAACUGCUUUUAAGGGAAUGAAGGCCAUCUUGAUAGAUGGGAGACCUGUACGUAGUGCUGUUACAAGAUAUCACCUCAAGAGGUUGGGAAUAAUUGUUCAAGUUGUGAACAAUAUGAGUGCAGUAGUAAAAGCUUUCCCUGGAAAAAAUGGAGCGACCGUUUCUAGGGAAAAGGCAACCAUGCUUUUUAUUGAGAGUGACUUCUGGAGGCCUGAAACAGAUGUUCAGUUAUUGAACCAUCUACGCGAGCACAAGAAUGGUCUGUUGUCUGAUGCGCCUAAGGUAGUUCUUUUGGUCACCUCUGAAGCUGACAAGGACAAUUAUGGAUCUAUAUUUGAUAUUGUGAUGUGUAAGCCUAUAAGGGCAAGCACAAUUGCUUCAUCUAUUCAACAACUGCUCAAAGUAGAGAUGCCUGAAAGAAAAGAAAAUCAAAAUCGGCCGUCAUUUCUUCGUAGCUUGCUGGUUGGGAAGAACAUAUUGGUCGUAGAUGAUAAUAAAGUCAAUCUCAGAGUUGCUGCAGCUGCACUCAAGAAGUACGGUGCUAAUGUUAGCUGUGUUGAAAGUGGCAAGGAUGCUAUCAGUCUACUUCAACCCCCACAUUCCUUUGAUGCAUGUUUUAUGGAUGUUCAGAUGCCAGAGAUGGAUGGGUUUGAGGCAACCAAACAAAUAAGGCAAAUGGAGAUGAAAGCUAAUGAGGAAAGCGCUUUGAGUGAAGGCUCGACGUUUGUUGAGUACCAUUUGCCUGUUCUGGCAAUGACAGCCGAUGUUAUCCAGGCAACUUAUGAAGAGUGUAUAAAAUCGGGAAUGGAUGGAUAUGUAUCUAAACCCUUUGACGAGGAGCAGCUAUACCAAGCAGUCUCCAGAUUAGUAGUAGGAACGACGGAUUCAGCUGUUUAA